UGUUUCUUGCUCAUCAGCAUGAUUCGGGUAUUAGUAGCUGGUCUGGGGUAAUAAAAACAACCCAACCAGUAACAGGAGGAAGCUGCUCCUUACCCGUUGUUCCCACCAUGACUUAGUGACUGCAGAAAAGCGACUCGAGUAGCAGAACUGUUGAGCCAAAGAAGGAGGAACCUGACCACCUCUGAGAUGUGCAGCUUCAAAGGACUGGAUGCUGGAGAAUAUUGAUAGCCAGCUGACCCCAGAGAGCAGACUCCUGGUUUUAUAGAUGUAUGCCUACAACAUUCCUAACAUCAAGGUAAUGGUGCAGAUUUUGCCAGAGGCUGUCCUUUGUCGGUGGUCCUACCAAGGCUCUCCAUCUGCACUCAGAUGAGCAGCAGGACCACCAUAUGCCUGUGAGAAACAAAGCAAGGACAUUAGUACAGAAAUCCUCCUGCUUGUGUUCCUCGGCAACUGGUUUUCAAAGGUUAACAUGUGAUUCCACAGCUGGGCAGAAGCAGAAAUAAGACAUGCAUUCCAACCACACCACUGCAAAUGGAUGUCGGUCACAGGAAGUAACCCAGUUGAUCAAGAAGCAGCUGGUGAAUUCUAUCAAGGCCCUUCAGAAACAUUAUGUGACCUCUGAUGCUCUUGUCACCAGUGAUGAUGGAGACGCCAACACCCUUUGCUGUGCACUAGAGGCAGUGUUUGUGCAUGGUUUGAAGGCCAAGCACAUCAAACCUGAGACUGGAGCAAAAGGGAGGAAACUUGGGGGCCGCCUGCCCCUUCCCCAGCCGGUGUUCUGGGCCCUUCUAAAAUCUAUCACACAUAGAAACAUCAUUUCUGAACUGGAACACUUGGACUUCAUCAACACAGAUGUGGGUCGCUGCCGUGCCUGGCUCAGACUGGCCCUGAAUGAUGGCCUAAUGGAGUGUUACCUGAAGCUCUUGCUCCAUGAAAAGGCCCACCUUUCUGAGUAUUACCAUUCACCGGCUUUGCUUCUGGACACUGAGGAGGUUGAGUUCCUCCUCACUUACCUUCAGGGCUUGUCCUCCUUGGCUUUUGACCUCUCUUACAAGUCAGCAGUUCUAAACGAAUGGACCAUCACACCCUUAUCCUUGUCAGGCCUUUGCCCAGCCUCAGAACUAGCAGAGCCCCUUACAGGUUUGGCGGUCCGGAGGAAGGAAUCCCUGGGCUCCCUCUCCCAGUCUUCUGGCUCUGAUGAAGUCGAAGUACAUUCAGCCAUCUUGCCUGUCGUUAAAAGCCGACAGGGAAGCAGACUUACAGCAUCCAACUUAAGCAUCAGCACAACAAGCUCCUCACAGCUAUCUUCCAGCCUGGGCUCUGACAGCCUUCUGCCUGGGACAUUAGCUUGCAUCCAGAUCCCUGAUAGAGGUGAGGAGCCCAAGGCAGAUGACUCUGAACAUGGUGUGGCAACAAGAAAAGACUUGGACCAGUCCCUUGAAGAGGUGUUGGCAGAAUUCAGCAGAGCACAGAAAGAAUCAGAAGCUGUAGGAGUAAAGGACAUAGCUGAAUCUUCCCUACCCCAGCACCCCUGUCCUCUCAUCACCCAUUCUUGCACUACACAAUUUCCUUCUACUGAAACAGCCAAAUGCCUUGCAGACAUCAAACUGCCUUCUACAACAACAAAUUGUCAGCAGCCAAGUCCAGAUAGCCCACAGAAAACUGGAGAAGCAGGAGUUAAUACCAAGAUUGAGCAGGCAUUUGUGCCAGUCAUUACUCUCACCAACAAAGGAAAAACAGAUGCAUCCAAGACUCAUCCAGUCUUCAGGAGAGAAGCUAAAGAGAACAGCCACACUAUUGAUCAGGAGGGAAGCCAUCCAGGGACAGGACAACCUCUGUCACCAGUCUCGCCUGCAGUCUGUUCGAAAACAAGCUGGAUUACUGAAGAUGAUUUUUAUCUUCCAUCUCCUCCUUCUGUGGAGACAGAAAAAGGCCACUCCAGCUCACGUAGUCCCUCGCCAGAGAGGAUUGCUGGUGGCCGGCCACUUACACCAAGCAAUGCCCUGGGACAAGAUGAGGCCUCUGUGUCCUCAUCAGAGACAAGCAAACCCAAGCUCUCCCCUGAGAAGGAGUCGAAGGGCUUUAGUGUUGUUCACCGAAGGCAGAUUGGUCUUUCCAAUCCAUUCCGUGGCCUGCUGAAGUUGGGGACCCUGGAACGCCGAGGAGGCAUGGGCAUCUGGAAGGAGUUCUUUUGUGAGCUCUCACCACUGGAACUGCGCCUCUAUGUGGACAGUGAGGAACGUGUGUGUGUGGAGAACUGUUCCCUUCUGAGGUGUGAGUCCCUGGGGCAGGCACACAGUGAUGGCCGCUUCGACCUGGUCUUCUCAGGCAGACGGCUGUGCCUUCGGGCAUCCUCCCAGGAUGAGGCUGAUGACUGGCUAGACCGGCUGCAUGAGGCUGUCCAGAAGUGUCGGCCUCAGCAGGAUGAUGACUGGGAAACGCUUGAGUGCACUGAGGUGAUGGAGGACCAGAUCAUAAAUUCUGUUGAAGGGCUGCCCAGUAACUCAUCUGCUAUCUUACAGUACAGUGGAACUGGACAAAAUGGGCUUGACUGGGCAUGUGUCUUGCUGCCGGAGCUGGAUGCGGUCAAAGAGUCCAUCUUGUACUUGGAGACCGAGAGGACAUGGACUCCUUUUGUGUUCUCCUUGUCUUUGGAAGCCUUGAAGUGCUUCAAAGCCAGGAAUGGUGAAAAAACUCUGAGCAAUAGCUACGGAGUGGAGACCAUCCAGGACAUCUUGCCAGAUGUGAGCCUGGGGGGUCCUGCCUUCUUCAAGAUCAUCACCUCAAAAGCAGUGCUGAAGCUGAGAGCAGAGAAUGCAGAGGAAGCGGCUGACUGGAGGGACUUGGUCCGUCGGGUGCUGAUGUCUUACCUGGAAACAGCUGAGGAAGCCCUGACCCUUGGAGGCAACCUGGAUGGGAACUCGCAGGUGGUGUUGAAGAGCACCGUCAAGGAGAAUGGAUUCCUCCUGCAGUACCUAGUGGCCAUCCCAACAGAGAAGGGACUGGACUGCCAGAGCUUCAUCUGUGCAGGUUGCUCCAGGCAGAUUGGCUUCUCCUUCCCGAAGCCCAAGCUAUGUUCAUUCACAGGUCUCUAUUACUGUGACAACUGCCAUCAAGAUGACGAGUCAGUGAUCCCUUCACGACUGAUUCAUAAUUGGGACCUUGUGAGACGUCCGGUUUGUCGUCAAGCUGUCAAGUUCCUGAACCAAAUUCGCAACCAGCCUUUGAUUGAUUUGAAGCUGGUGAAUGAGACCCUCUAUGACCAUGUUGAUCACAUGCGCUGCAUCUACAGAAGCCGGGAGCAGCUAAAGCUCCUUGGGGACUACCUCGUCCUUUGUCGCAGUGGGGCCCUGAAGGAGAUCACAAAAAGGCUGGAUCACCGACACUAUCUCCUUGAAUGUCCCCAUAAAUACAGUGUGGCUGACCUGAGGCAGAUUGCAGAUGACAUAUUUGAGACAUUCCUCCAGUCUUUGAUUCAGUUUGCCUCCCAUCAUGUCUAUAACUGUGACCUUUGCACGCAGAGAGGCUUCAUCUGCCAGAUCUGUAACAGCAACAACAUCAUCUUCCCCUUUGAAUUUGACACAACUACUAGGUGUAGUGAAUGCAAAACAGUCUUCCACAGUAGCUGCCAAGCCAAUGCCAGUUUCUGCCCUCGCUGCAUCCGUCGGCAGAAAUACCAGCAAAGCCUGCAAGAACCCCUUUGAAAAUGAUCUCUUUGUGGGGGCAAAACUUUUUGAAGCAGGGUCAGACCUGGUCACAGGGCACCUUAGAGUGCAAGUGGAGAAAAGACACAACAGGCAGAAGGUAUGAUGCCAAGGAAUGUCUCCUUGCAGCAACUCAUCUCCUCCCACCCAGGCUUCAACACAGCAGCGACCACAUAUCCUCUCACAAAUUCUGGAAACCACAGCUAUUGAGAAGAGACUUGACAGGUUACGUCAGAAGAAGUAGGGGGACUUCUUUGUCCUGAUCUGUUGCUUCCUGCAGCCAUUUCCUUUUCACCAAGCUUCACUGUCUCUUACUUUUCCAGAGAAGCACAUACCUUUCUCUUGUGUAGUGAGCACUGGAUAUGUGUGACACAAGGACUCCACAAACUUUAGUGGACACAUCCUGAUUUAGGCCAUUGGAAGAGUGAGUUUGGUUUUUUAUUUGGAUUUUUUAAAAAAAAUUAACGCACUUUGUAGCAAAGUUCUUGUGCCUUCUGCACUUUACAGGCUACUCCUGAAAUGCCACGUGCCAAACAGCUGCUGAAUCCUUUGGGAACACAUUCCACCCUCCUACCCCUUGGUGUUCUCCCUAAAGCAAAGUGACCUUCUUAGAAAUAACAAACCACUCCUCAUCCUACCAUUUUUUAAUGCUAGUUCAAUGGAUUCUAGAGAUGAAUUUUUAUUUUCCUUUUACUCUUCUAUGCAGAUAAUUAAAGUUUAUUUAAUAAGAA